ACGAGUUCCUCUUGGUAUUGUGGACCGCAAUGGAAGUUUUUUUACUCAAAAAGACUCAAUUCUAGUAGGCAUUUCAACCACAAAUCAGUGGCAUUUCGGCUACUGUGGCGAAAAAAAUCAAAACUGCUAACCCUGUUCCUGAGUUUGCCUGUUGUUAUGUUGUAAGCGCCCCUGGUUACCGUUGUGCCUGUUGUUCCUACCCACAAUGCACCGCAAAGACGAUGGAUUUCGAGGACGGUGUCAAAUUGAGGGGUGAUCACAGCAUGGAGAAAGAGCAGCGCAACAUCGUAGCAAUCAAUGCCUCCAAAAGAGAGCUGUUCACAGCCAACAGUGGCUACAAGUCCCUCCAGAAGAGACUCAGGACACAGUGGAAAAUUCAGAGCAUUAAAGAGGAACUUUCCAUGGAGAAACUAAAUGGUGUCAAGCUUUGGAUCACGGCAGGACCCAGGGAAAAAUUUACUGCUGGUGAGUUGGAGGUGCUGAAGCAAUAUCUGGAUGGAGGAGGAGAUAUCCUGGUGAUGCUAGGGGAAGGAGGGGAGAUGAAGUAUGACACCAACAUCAACUUCCUCCUUGAGGAGUUUGGGAUCAUGGUCAACAGUGACGCUGUGGUGAGGAAUGUUUACUACAAAUAUUUCCACCCAAAAGAAGCACUUGUGUCCAAUGGUGUAUUAAACAGAGAGAUCAGUCGUGCUGCAGGAAAAGUAGUGACAGGGGUCAUUGAGGAUGAAAGCACUGGGAACAAUGCACAGGCUUUGACCUUUGUGUACCCGUAUGGAGCAACGCUAAGCGUGAUCAAACCUGCAGUGGCUGUUCUGUCCACUGGCUCUGUGUGCUUCCCGCUCAACCGACCCGUUCUCGCCUUUUAUCAGGUCAAGGAGGGGGGACGGUUGGCCGUGCUGGGUUCCUGCCACAUGUUCAGUGACCAGUACCUGGACAAAGAGGAGAACAGUAAAAUAAUGGAUGUUGUCUUUCAGUGGCUUAUGACAGACAAUAUUCAUCUGAACCAGAUAGAUGCUGAGGACCCAGAGAUUACAGACUACACCAUGCUACCAGAUACAGGGUGUCUCUCGGAGCGACUAAGAGUAUGUUUGCAGGAGAGGGAUGAGAAUCCUCGAGACUUUACAUCUCUCUUUGACACAUCCCUCCUUAAGCUGUCCACUGACUCGCUGCCUCGGGUCAUCAGCUCCUAUAAACAGCUGAAUGUCAAGCAUGAACCUCUCCAGCUGAUCCAGCCGCAGUUUGAGACACCUCUGCCCACUCUGCAGCCUGCAGUCUUUCAGCCGGCCUUCAGGGACCUGCCCCCUCCUACACUUGACCUUUUUGAUCUUGACGAGACCUUCUCCUCGGAGAAAGUACGAUUGGCACAGCUCUCGAACAAAUGCACAGAUGACGAUUUGGAGUUCUACGUGCGUAAGUGUGGGGACAUCUUGGGGGUGACUGGAAAGCUGGAUAAAGAUCAGAGAAAUGCAAAACACAUACUGGAGCACAUCUUUUUCCAAGUUGUGGAGUUCAAGAAACUCAAUCAGGAGCAUGACAUUGAUACAACAGAAGCAGGAUUUUCUCCAUUCUGAAGGAUGCAAAGGAAACCACUUUCCAUUCCAGUAGAAAGAUUGACAGGGAUUUAUAAGUGAUUAUUUCUGUUAUGCACAUAAACCAUGAGUACGUCGUUUCCUUCCAUACCCAAAAAUGGAGAGCUAUUACUCUGGAAUCUUGUCUCACAUUGGGUAUAUGUCCAAAGACAAUUCAAUAUUUAUAUUUUGUACUUCCUUUGCAUUUAACCCAUUCUAAUCAUUUUCCUUUACACCUUGAAUAGUCUUCUGUAUCCAAUUCUCAA